UCAAAGUAGGUUAUUCUUUGGAACAGUCAGAAGAGGCAGAGUAAGAGAGGACUACAACCUAGAAGCCUUCUAACAGGGCAAAAGUGCCCUUUGCCCAGCUCUGGAAUGGCUUUCUAUUUUCUGGGUUACACUUGUCUAGUCCUAUUAUUGGAAUGCUUUACUGCUGUGGCUGCUGAAGAUGCAUGUGGACCACCUCUUAGAAGAGAACGAGAACAACCUACGCAAGAAUUGAAUGAAGACAUAUAUGUACAUGGACACACAGUAUCAUAUAAAUGCCGUCCCGGAUAUGUUAAAGCUUGGCCUAUUAAACUUCAAUGUAAUGAUGGAGUCUGGCGACAAUUGCCACCUAAUAAGAACUGCACAGGAAUAUCUUGUGGUCACCCUGGAGAUUCUGAUUAUGCUAGUUUUGAACUUACCCAUGGAGAUGACUUUACUUUUGGUGCCCGUGUUACCUAUACGUGCAACGAAGGGUAUAAGAUGCUCAGCCAAUAUAAUCACCGUGAUUGUCGAGCAAAUGGAUGGACCAAUGAGGUUCCUCAUUGUGAAACCAACAAAUGUCCUCCAAUAACACCACCAAGAAAUGGGAGGAUUAUUCAGGGUGAAAAAUCUCAAAUGAAUGAAGAUUUUUUAUAUGGUGAUCUAGUGAUAUUUGGAUGUAUUGAAAACUUCAAAAUAAAAGGAUCUAAUAAAAUUACUUGUACGGCUGAUGGCACUUGGAGUACACCUGUUCCAGAAUGUAUAGAAAUAAUUUGUAUGGUAGACUAUAUUGAAAAUGGAAACAUAUUAUCUCAGACGUCAACUUAUAAGGAAGGUCAGAGAGUACGAUUCUCCUGUAAUGAAGGAUACACACAUUUUGACAGACCAGAUGCCUUAUGUACUGAGAAUGGAUGGGAUACAGUGCUUCAAUGUAAAGAAAUUCAGUGUUCCCCUCCAGAAGUGAGGAAUGGCCAGUUUCGACCUAGACGAGAUCAAUAUACAUACAAUGAUGUAAUUGAGACAACAUGUAAUGAAGGCUUUGUCCUUGAAGGCCGAGGAAAGAUUUCCAAAUGCACUGAAAGAAGUUGGAAUCCUCGUCCUCCUGUCUGUAAACGUAAGUAACUUUUUCUAUAAAGUUUCUUUCUAGAGCAAAAAUUGCUUC